CGAAGGUUUUGAAUAAUGGUGGAUCGUAGUGACAAUGCGGAAUCUUUUGACGAUGCUGUUGAAGAGCGCGUCAUCAACGAAGAAUAUAAGAUAUGGAAAAAGAACACCCCAUUCCUUUAUGAUUUGGUAAUGACCCACGCUCUAGAGUGGCCCUCAUUAACGGCCCAAUGGUUGCCCGAUGUGACCAAACAGGAGGGAAAAGAUUAUUCCGUUCAUCGUCUGAUAUUGGGUACGCAUACCUCGGACGAACAAAAUCAUUUGUUAAUAGCUAGUGUUCAGCUGCCCAGUGAAGAUGCUCAGUUCGAUGGUUCGCAUUAUGACAAUGAAAAGGGUGAAUUUGGUGGCUUUGGUUCGGUGUGUGGCAAAAUAGAAAUUGAAAUUAAAAUCAACCAUGAAGGCGAAGUAAACCGAGCUCGAUAUAUGCCGCAAAACGCCUGUGUCAUUGCCACAAAAACACCGUCAAGUGAUGUUUUGGUGUUCGAUUACACUAAACAUCCCAGUAAGCCGGAACCCUCGGGCGAAUGCCAGCCUGAUUUGCGUUUGAGAGGACAUCAGAAAGAAGGCUAUGGUUUGUCCUGGAAUCCCAACUUGAAUGGUUACCUUUUAUCGGCGUCUGAUGAUCAUACUAUUUGCUUGUGGGAUAUUAAUGCAACGCCGAAAGAACAUCGUGUCAUUGAUGCCAAAAAUAUAUUUACUGGUCAUACUGCUGUCGUUGAAGAUGUUGCAUGGCAUUUGCUGCAUGAAUCCUUGUUCGGUUCUGUGGCUGACGACCAAAAACUAAUGAUUUGGGAUACACGUAACAACAACACGUCAAAGCCAUCGCACACCGUGGAUGCUCAUACCGCUGAAGUGAACUGUCUUAGUUUCAAUCCAUAUUCCGAAUUUAUAUUGGCGACUGGAUCGGCAGAUAAAACUGUUGCUUUAUGGGAUCUCCGCAAUUUGAAAUUGAAAUUACAUUCCUUUGAAUCUCAUAAAGAUGAAAUUUUCCAAGUACAAUGGUCACCCCAUAACGAAACUAUUUUGGCAUCGUCUGGAACUGAUCGCCGACUUCAUGUUUGGGAUCUAUCCAAGAUUGGCGAAGAACAAAGCGCUGAAGAUGCCGAAGAUGGGCCACCAGAACUUUUAUUCAUUCACGGUGGUCAUACAGCGAAAAUAUCCGAUUUCUCAUGGAAUCCCAAUGAGCCAUGGAUUAUAUGUUCGGUUUCGGAAGAUAAUAUUAUGCAAGUAUGGCAAAUGGCUGAAAAUGUUUACAAUGAUGAAGAGCCGGAAAUACCAGCUUCGGAAUUAGAAGGUGGAGCUGUUUAA